ACCAGCGCCGAGCCUGGAGAUGCAGCCCUGGAGGUCACUGCUUGUUACUGUGGCCGCGAGCUGGAUCAGUAUGGCCAAUGUGUGGCAGCCAAGCCAGAGUCAUGGCAGAGGGACUGUCAUCACCUUAAGAUGAGCAUUGCUCAGUGCACGUCUUCCCACCCAAUCAUCCGGCAGAUCCGCCAGGCCUGCGCUAAGCCUUUCGAGGCCUUUGAAGAGUGUCUUUGGCAGAAUGAAGCAGCGGUUGGUAAUUGUGCUGAAUAUAUACAGCACUUCCUGCAGUGUGCGGAACAGGUGCAGCCACCACCUUCCCCACAACUGUAGAGGCUCAGCCACUCCCUGCCUCAUGAAGGGCACUUACUUCAGAGAAACUGCACAGUGGACUGCUCGAUGAUGCCCCCACCCUCUGCAGGGUGGCCAUGUGGAAUCCCUGGGGGUGUGCCUAGCUUCCCUGGACAGCAGGAGUCCCAAUAAAUAAGGACCACUGGGCUUUGACUCCUGCCUUUAGCACCUGAGGGACACGAGGA